CCCAUUCCUGCCCGUGAUCCCCCGACACCCUCCGAUAGCCACUCAGCGCCCGCUGACAGAGGAGAAGCACCCCAGGGUCCAGCUCUGCCACCACGCUGCAGGCAAGCAGGGGUGUGGAGCUGAGAAGCAGGGAGCAGGUAAGACCCCCCCCCACUCUGUCCCUCCAUGAUGCCCUGAGCACAGCGCCUCAGGUCCUGGGCUCACUCCCCCCUUACCGGGGCCCCACAAGGCACACCCGGUAGCAGCCCCAGUUUACAGACAGAGCACUGAAGCUCAGGGAGGGUGAGAAACUCACCCAACGUCACCCCGCCAGCAGGCAGCCGCGGAGGCUGAAGCUGGGGCAGACGCUCCCUGCUCCCCAGGCCUCAGCAGGCAUCAGGGGCAGGGGAGCCACCUCGGGCAGGGGCGCCAGCUCGGCCGGGGGACUCCCCCCAGGGACCUUCAGAGCGCAGUCUUCCUGCCCAUGAGCCCCUGGAGGCUCCUGAUCAAGCCCCACUUUCUACCUGAUGGAAAACCCGUCCACGCUCCCAGGCGCGGGAGAGGCUUUGAAGAGCCAUCCCAGAGGGCAGAGGGCAGAGGGCAGGCUGGACACGGGGUGGCGAGUGAAGAUGAGGAGAAGGGGCCGCGGCCACUGGGAGAGGGGUAUGGGGUCCGAGAGGGCAGCGGCCAUGCAGUGGCCUCCCCUGGGACAGGAAGUGCUGUCUCAUGGCGCUGGCCCCGCCGGCCCCACGUCCUCUGCAGGGCACAGAGCCCGCGCGGGGCGAGGGCGUGUGCCGAGGGCGGCGCCCCAAGCCUUCUCCCGGCCGCGGGGACGAACCCGCCGACAAGUGCCCAGAUCCGCGGCCUGCGGGUGCCCCUCGCGCAGCCAGGAGCCGCGGACCCAGGCCGGACGGGGCGCAGGAGUGGCCUGGAGGCGGCGGCAGGACCCCGUCCCGCGAAGACGCCGGCGGCUCUGGGCGCGCAGAGCUCGCAGCCCCGCCGGAGCCGGAGCCGGAGCCGGAGCCGGAGCCGGAGCCGGAGCCGGAGCCGGAGCCGGAGCCGGAGCCGGAGCCGGAGCCGGAGCCGGCGGCUCUGAAGUCGGGGCACGGGGCACCAGGACGCCCGCGAGGCGGAGGCUCGCCCCGCCGAGGCCAGUGCGCUCAUGCUCGCGCGGACGGCCCCGCACGGCCCCGCACCUGCCCUCCCUGCCCGCGCGCACGGCCCCGCACCGCCCCGCACGGCCCCCGCCUGCCUGCGAGUCCCGAGGCCCCAGGCGCCUUCUCCAGGCGACCCUCGGGGUCUCCAGUCCCUGAGGGAAGCGCCGGCCCCGCCCGCCUUCCCAGGGAGCCUUAGGGGCUCCCCGAGGGGACGGUCCUUUGCAACCCGAACGCCGCCGCCCCGGCAGGCUUCAGCCCCGCGCACCGGCCGCCAGCACCGACCCGCACCCCACAGGACACGUGCCCGGAGCCCAGAGACUCGGGCUCCACGGAGGCCGACCAUGAACGCCACAGCCCCGCCAGGACAGCGGGGCGCCGGCGACCCUGUAACCGCCGCCCCCGAGGCGGGGAUUCGAACCCGGGCCGGCGCCGACGCCGGGCGGACAGCCGGGCCCCGCGGGGCUUCUCCCCGCCCUCCCGCGCCGCGCUCCCGCUCCCUCCGGCCGCGGCCGCACCGCCUCUAGGACCCAGGGGAGCCGCCCCGGGACUCCAGGCCCGCCCCCGGAACCGCGAGGAC